ACGCAGGCUUCCAGUCACUCACACGCACCGGGGAGGGGGACCGAGUCUUUGCUUGGCAAACUUCACGCUCUCCAUUUUACUGUACAGGAUUUAUUUAUUUAUUUUAAUUAUUAUUAUUAUUUGCCCCUUCAAACUUCCGUCCGAGUCACCUGAACGCACCUCCGCACAUGAUGCACUCUGCGCAGAAAGACACCACCUUCACCAAGAUCUUCGUGGGAGGCCUCCCGUACCACACGACCGACUCCAGCCUCAGGAAGUACUUCGAGGUGUUCGGAGACAUCGAGGAGGCUGUGGUUAUCACCGACCGGCAGACUGGGAAGUCCAGAGGUUAUGGCUUUGUGACCAUGGCAGACCGGGCCUCAGCUGACCGAGCCUGUAAGGACCCCAACCCCAUCAUAGAUGGAAGGAAGGCCAAUGUAAACCUGGCCUAUCUGGGGGCCAAACCCCGGGUCAUCCAACCAGGGUUUGCAUUCGGCGUGCCUCAGAUCCAUCCAGCAUUCAUCCAAAGACCGUACGGGAUCCCGGCCCACUAUGUCUAUCCUCAGGCCUUUGUUCAACCCAGCGUGGUGAUCCCUCAUGUGCAGCCCUCUGCUGCUACAGCAACAGCUGCAGCUGCUGCUGCAACGUCCCCGUACCUCGACUACACCGGCGCUGCGUAUGCCCAGUACUCUGCUGCUGCCGCCGCCGCCGCUGCUUACGAGCAGUAUCCGUACGCGGCCUCGCCAGCGCCUACGAGCUACAUGACCACUGCAGGGUACGGAUACGCCGUCCAGCAGCCGCUCGCCGCCGCGGCCACUCCAGGAGCUGCAGCUGCAGCUGCCGCCUUCAGCCAAUAUCAGCCUCAGCAGCUGCAGACUGAUCGCAUGUAAAAACCAUGAGGAGUGCCCGAAGGAGGUUCACUCCUUCAGCGUUUAAGGAACAGUUCAGAGCUUUUCAAAUGCAGUUCUGUGAGAAGGUUUUGAAACUGAUAUUUUAAAUCAAACUGUAUUUCAAGAACUGCGAUAAAAUAGUUGAUUGGAGCUGUGUCAAGAUGGUAGGUAGAAAUUUAGCUUUUUGGCCCAAUUGGCUUGUUAAUCUGGUCAGAGUUAAACUCCUUUUCUCCAAACUGAGAUUCAAAAAGCUAUCGACAGCAGGUAAGAUAUUGAUUGUUUCCAGCCUUUCCACAGAACCCCAGUUCAAAAGAUUUGAACUGUCCCUUCAAAGUUAAAGGGUGGACACCAAGUAAACCUACCAAAGAGCCUGAAGAAGAAAAAACUGAGUCAAAUGAGGAAUUACUGCAUUUUAUUUGAGUGAGAUCAGUAUUGGAUGUAUAUGAAUAUUUAAUAUUUAUUUAGCGUUACAGUAUUUGAUAAUUGAACAAAACUCACUGGAUCUCAGAUGAACUGUUGCUAAAUUUCACAAAGAGGAAUUUACAUGAAAAUCCGAAGUGCAUUUAUGUCUUAUGAUCAGGUUUCUUUUACACUUUGAAAAAAAAAAAAACACUUUCACACACGAGAGCUGUGUUGUUAUCCAGUAUUUCAUAGUUUUGGACCAUUACUUUGUUAGCUAAAGUUGCACACACUGGAUGGGAAGAGGUUUUAGGGUUGUUGUUGUUUUAGAAGCAUUUGGAGUGAAAUAGAUUAGUUGUCCUGAUGUGUUUUUCUUUGAACGUGUUUUUUCUUGAUGAAAACACAGCUGAAGCUGGUAAAACUCAUUUUGUUGUCUUCCUUCUGCAUUACAUUACAGGCUAAGCAAAUGAGAAGAAAUGCUGUUGAACGUGAACUGUUCAUUUUGAUAAAAAUCUUUGUGUGCCUUUUAAAUUAUGCUAUUUAUGUAUUUAUUUUGGAGCCUUAGAGCAAUAAACCUUUUAAUCGGGUAUCAAAGUCGAGCAUCUCCACGUUUGCGGCUACAUUUUCUACGAUCCAUAGCGUGUGUUGGGGUUUACCUGCACAGAACAAACCAGUGGCAAGGUG